CCAGCUCCCCAUCAGUGCGAUCCAAUAAAGCGUUUUCUCCUCUCUCCGAGGCAGCAGCGUUUUACGGCAUCGCCUUUCUGCCAGACUUGCCUGGCUUCUCUGGGUUAUAAACUUUUGAUGCCAGACCUCUGCAGAGCCUGCCCCACUGCAUUGUAAAGUAGCAUCUCCUCGGAGAGAGAGGCAGAGAAGGAGCAGCCCGUGGUGACCUUCAUCCCUGCACCUUCCUUCCUGCUCUCCCUUCCAGGCUGCCUCCCGCCUCCCCGGGGAGCGGGGAGCGUCAAGAAAGCUCUUUUUUAGAUGCAGGAGGGGCAUCUGGUUCUGCCAGGCUGGAGAGCUUAGGCAGAAGAACCACUAGACUCCAGAGGGAGAGGCUGGACUCACUGCUUCUCCUCCUCCUCCUCCUCCCUCCCUCCCUGCGCCGCUGCCUGGCUCGCUCAGCCCUGCCUCUGCCCACACCGCUGCCUGAGACCCACCGGUGUGUGGGGCGGGGCCCCCCGGACCCUGCCCAGCGGCCCGGCGGCGUUCUGGGAAGUUGUGGCUGCCGAGGAGGAUGGGGGUCUGUGGGUACCUGUUCCUGCCCUGGAAGUGCCUCGUGAUCGUGUCUCUCAGGCUGCUGUUCCUUGUGCCCACAGGAGUGCCGGUGCGCAGCGGAGAUGCCACCUUCCCCAAAGCGAUGGACAACGUGACGGUCCGGCAGGGCGAGAGCGCCACCCUCAGGUGUACCAUAGACGACCGAGUCACCCGGGUCGCCUGGCUGAACCGCAGCACCAUCCUCUACGCCGGGAAUGACAAGUGGUCCAUAGACCCUCGUGUGGUCAUCCUGGUCAACACGCCAACCCAGUACAGCAUCAUGAUCCAGAACGUGGAUGUGUAUGAUGAGGGCCCGUACACCUGCUCUGUGCAGACAGACAACCACCCCAAGACCUCCCGGGUCCACCUCAUCGUGCAAGUCCCUCCACAAAUCAUGAACAUCUCCUCAGAUAUCACUGUGAAUGAGGGAAGCAGCGUGACCCUGCUGUGUCUUGCUAUUGGCAGACCAGAGCCAACUGUGACGUGGAGACACCUGUCUGUCAAGGAAGGCCAGGGCUUUGUGAGCGAGGAUGAAUACCUGGAAAUCUCUGACAUCAAACGUGACCAGUCCGGGGAGUAUGAAUGCAGCGCCUUGAACGAUGUGGCUGCUCCUGAUGUGCGGAAAGUGAAAAUCACUGUAAACUACCCUCCCUAUAUCUCAAAAGCCAAGAACAUGGGUGUGUCCGUUGGUCAGAAGGGCAUCCUGAGCUGUGAAGCCUCUGCCGUGCCCGCCGCUGAGUUCCAGUGGUUCAGGGAAGACACCAGGCUAGCCACCGGCCUGGACGGCGUGAGGAUUGAGAAUAAAGGGCGCAUAUCCACUCUGACUUUCUUCAAUGUUUCAGAAAAGGAUUAUGGCAACUAUACUUGUGUGGCCACAAACAAGCUCGGGAACACCAACACCAGCAUCACACUGUAUGAAAUAAGCCCCUCAUCAGCAGUGGCAGGGCCUGGAGCAGUCAUUGAUGGUGUAAACUCGGCCUCUAGAGCGCUGGCUUGUCUCUGGCUGUCAGGGACCCUCUUUGCCCACUUCUUCAUCAAGUUUUGAUAAGAAACCAUAGGUUCUCUGAGCAACGCCUGCUUCUCCAUAUCACAGACUUUAAUCUACACUGCGGAGGGCAAACCAGUUUGGGCUUCUUUUUGUUUUUCUUUGUGUCUUUGUUUCUGAUAUUCUUUCUUGAUUUUUCUUUUAAAUUUUUAUUCUUCAGUUUUGUUUGUUUAUUUGACUUUUUUCCCCCAGUUUCAACAAGUGGGGUUGGGGGAGGGGAGGGCAGGGUUCUACCAUGUUUAGGCUAAUCAUUCAUUGGUGUGUCCAAAAGUGGAAUCUGUUCCUGCUCCCUGGGCUCUUCCCUUUCCUCUGCUUCCCUCCCCAUCAUCAUCGCCACCACCAACCUCUCCUGUCCCACAUACCAAAACAUGAGCUCCAUUUGGGCAAAACUGUGCCUCAUGAUAAACACCAUGAAGACACAACUUGACUUAUAAUGUAGUGCACAGCAAGAAUUGUAUCCAAGUGUCCUAUUAUCUGUGUCUUUUAAGCUUUGGACCGUUUUCCUGAUUACAUUGUACAUAUCCCUUUCUCCAUGUUUAUUAUUAUCUAAAUACAUUAGGGUUCACAUGCUUUCUCUCUGGGAAGUUAUCUCAAGAUACUCAUAUCUAUAUAUACAUAUAUGUAUAAAAUCUUGCAUCUUCUCUAGGUACUCUGCUCUAUAUGCAUUUCUCACCAGCUACAGGGAUUAGACCUUUGAAGCUAUUCACACUACCCCAUACUAAAAAUUUAGAAGUCAAAUGACCAAAAAGGGGGUAGACAUUUUGAGGAUAGUAUUUCCCUUAAAAAAUGCUGUUCAGCUCAUACAAAAUGAUUCAUAGAUGGCUGAUUGUUUAGGUUUAUCAAGCUAUCUAUCAAAGUAAUCAUACAGUUAUCCAUCUACUCAAUUGUCUGAUUUUCCUCUCCAUUCAAUUAUCUAUCCACCCAUCUUUCUCUCUAGUAACCUAUUUAUUCUAUUUGUCAAUCCAUCAAUGUAAUUUUCUAACACUUCUUUCUAUUUCUUUCCUCACUGCUCACGCUCAAUUCAUCACCUCAUUAAUGUCUAAUCAUAUUGUGUCUUUUCAAUUGUAUUCAUUUCUCCUCUACCUUCAGCAGACAUUGGCAUCUUCAAAAUUACCUAUCAGCUUCUUAUGUGAAAGCCAAUGAUCUCACAGGCUAUCAACAUAGAAAAGCAAUAUGUCAUGGACUUUUUGGAAUGUGAUAUCCCAUCCACCCAACAUAGAUGCUGUUAAUGGAUGGACCAAAGUAGAAUUCUAAUGAUCAUUCACUCACUAUUCCCAGAAGAGACUGUGUUUCCACAACCACCUUCUUGGGAAGUCAGCUGACCCUGGAGAAGCCUUGAUUGCUGCGUAUUUUUCUUUUUUUCUCACUUGAAGGGCCAACAUGCCAACCUUCCUGCUUCUCUCCUCCUUUCAAGAGUGUGUAUGUCAGGAAUCUAUAGGAUUUACCCCAAGGCUGGCUUCUCUUAAUAACAAGAGCAAAGAAGAAAACAAACACACCUGACUGUGGAACGUAAAGAGAGCAGUCCACCUGUCUGAGUGCGAUGACUUCAGCCACUGUCUUCUCUCUGCUCCAGUUUUAGUUGAAUCUGUUUGAAAACUAUCCAGUAAAAAGCCAAUGAGGCCAAUUACAUGGUGGGUGUGUUGACAACUCUGAUGUUUGUAUCAGAAAGCUCUUCUGGGCUGAGGAGGGCACUUGAGCAAUCGACUUAAUUUCUAAGCACGUGAUUAACACAACACUGCAAAUGGGGAAAGUGGAAGUGACUCACAAUUUCCUCUGCUAUAGGCUGUUGCUCCACCAGCUCUGGGGCUGAAUAUCCUCAGCUCUUCAGCUCAAAGCAGCCCUAGCAUAUAAACAGGAGCUGAUCUGAUCUUUCUACAUUAUCUCCUGGGACAAGUGAGGAUCCUGUGAUCUAGGAGAAUGGCAUUGAAAACCACACAAGGCUGUGCUUCCCUUCACCUCUGCUGCAGGGACUUUCUUAUGGAGAGGGUGAAAAAGAAGCAUCCACAAUGACUAUCUCACACACCUACCCUGACUCAACUGGGAACCUCUUUCAGCAAAAUAUAUAAUAAAUAUGUGUGUGGCCACGUGCAUAUAUAAAAUACAAACCUUUUUGCCUUGGCAUACAAAAACUUAGGCACUUUCAUAAGAGUUAGAGCUUGUGCGAGUGAAAUUAAUAUUACAUUUGCCAGCUGUAAACAGACAUCUGCAUUUCCUAGCAAGCCACCAGGAGCCAGAUUCUGGGAACAUAAAUGAUGUGCCAAAAGCAGUGUAUUGAUUCCAAGUUCCAGGGACAAUCAUGAGCAGACAUAAAGUCAUAAUUAAAAGUCCUACAGCAGUGUUUCAUAUCUGUCACCACACUGAACACCUGGAGUCGGGUUGGUGUCAGACGUUGGAUGAGAAUUAAAUGUGUCAUUAGAGUGGUCUACUGACCAUCAAUUUGAUACUUGGGAAUAAAAUAAAUGUAGAGGCUGUGGAGAGUUGGUGGUUUUGAAGAACAGGUCUUGAAACAGACAAGCUGUACAUAUCCUUCGGUCCUAGAUGCAUCCUAGAGGAAGGGGCCCACCCUCCUUGGGCCAUGAAGACCACCAGAACCUUCUGAACAGGGCAAAGCUGGGCCUCAGAGUCACAAAGAAACUUCACAUUGCCCUCUUCCUCUGGACACCAGGAAGCACCUCUGGUAGUUGCCUGUUUCAGCCACAUUUCAGAGCGGGAACAGCCUACAGCCAAUCCUCAUCUAUCCGGGAUUAAAAAAAAAAAAAAAAGUAAAUAAGACCCCAGGAAAAUUGGCACUGGGAAAGAAAAUUGCUCUUCCUCACAACAGAUGUCCCCCAGAUUCUGUGUUUGGGUUACUUUGGUGGGGAUGGCUCUAUAUGACAGUAGGUCUUCCCCAACAGUUUGAAGCAUACUGGACAGCAAAUGCUCAGU